UGCGGCGGGCGAACACCAUGUCCGAAUCAGAGCUGGAGAUUAGCAUUCCUACCUGGAUCAAAGGAUUGGUCUGCGGAAUACUCCGUAAGCUUUCAUAGGGUGGUCUUUGUCUGGAAAGGACUGGAACGCCACCAAAGCGCCACGGCGUUCCAUGAACUCGAACUCAACGUGGUAACCUCUGGCAUUUGGGGGUCCCGCUCCCUUGAUGCAUACCAGCGAAAAAAAGAGGUCUGGUGGAGUAUCAACAACGGACUCAUCCUUUUGUUCGCACAUUUUGCUAACGCCGACUGGUAAAUAUGCCGCCGAACUUGCCUGGGAAGGUGACUUUGGCUCUGGAACCGCGAGCUGUUGCGGAGCGGAGGGACAUAGGGCAUUCUCGAUACGGAGUACAGUCAAUACUGUCUUGCCAUCGAAUCUUCCAAGGGCCGCAUUUAGCAUUCCCAUGUGACGAUUAUUUCAAUCCUUCUCAAAAAACCCCUUUCAAAAGUCUUUGUUCGGUCCGCUUUCAGCUUCGGCCCUGGGGGAGAAUUCUCCGUACAUCCAGGUUCUUUUCUUUACUUCCAAUACACGAUACACUCUCAGCGUGAGACAUACUCAGUCUGCACGGAGAGAAUUUGAAGCUGUUAAGCGACGUCGGUCUUUUACCACCCUGAAACCCCCGACCCUUGCAAGUUCGAAUCCACAUUGGUGUGGAGGAAGAUCAAUUACAGUAGGAUCAACACCAGGGAUCCGACACGUGCUGCAAGUUAUAUCUCUUCCCGACAACCCAUAUCGGGAGUGAUCGACUGCACAUCACCCAGCACACGCUUAACGAUCCCUUGGGUUACGAACGGCUUCGACGAAGGCUUCACAGAGGUGUAGCUAGGAUCGCCGACGGACAUUGUUCGACCUGUAUCAUCGGCCUCAUUGAUGUGAAGACAGCAAGUACACCAGGAGUCUUCAAGACGCCGCCGGCGUCGAUGCUUGUCCCGAGUCCUUCUCAAAGGCUCAGGACGUCCGUUCGUUACUGAAGAACCUUCUUCUCGACACUCGUUUCAACAAUCAAUUCGACUCGACUCUGGCGGAAUACUCACUCUCACUAAGAAUACAAUCAUCCAUGAUGUCCCAAUCAGCAUCAGAUAUAUCAUCUUCAGACCCGAGGAGGCGAAGGCGGAGGAGGAAGAAUGCUCGCACAUCAUCAUCAUUACUAUCCUCACCCAAAUUAUUCUCACUUUCAAUAAUGAUGAUGCUCCUGUCGCUAUUGACACCCUGCUCAGCGGCGCAAGACACGCAAUCCGAAACGCUUGUGUACGAGUCACCGUCUCUAUUUGAACAACUCGAAGCCAGAGGGGAAAUAUUCAUCGACCGGUCCGACCGUCCGGCUCGACGAGACAGUCCUCUGCCGGUAUUUGUGGUACACAAGCGAGACGACGACAACGACGGGAACGUAGUCACUACGACGGUCUCCGUCCCGUCAGGAUCUGCCGCGACCAUCUCACCACCACCACCACCACCACCCGAUUCCGCACCAACGACACCGCCGUCGUUAUCCGACACCAUCGCCACCGACACCAACGCCAACCUCGCGCCGACGUUGGUCUCGACGUCCGUCUCGCCCAGCGUGACCGUGGUGACCACGCCCCUGCCGUCCCCCUUUGACACCUCGCUCGGUCAAAACUUUACGUCCUCGACGUGCCCCGCCUUCUUCUCGACCUUUCUGUCCAACUCGACCUUCCAAUCCUGCGUGCCCGUGUCGCUGCUGUUGCAGAACUCCAAUUCUUUCUUCCGGGCCAUGCGGUCGGCGACGCUGCUGACCCAGACCCUCGACGCGGCCUGCUCGGCCCCGCUCGCCCUCUGCGCGCCGCUCAUGUCCAGCCUCGCGUCGCAGCUCGUCUCCUCUUCCGCCUGCGGCGACGACUUCAAGGACCAGGUGGCCACCGUCACCCAGGCCUACGCCGGGCUGACGGCCUACGAACCUCUGUACCGAGCCACGUGCCUCCGCGACGCCGCGACGGACGGUUACUGUUUCACCGAGGCCGUCACCAACGCCACGACCCAGUCGGACAGUUACCCUUACUACACGGCCUUGGGACUCGCCAUGCCCAACGCCACCACCGGCGGGGGUGAUUCCGGCCCGGAUUGCACACAGUGUCUGCGAGACACCAUGAAGAUCUUCGCCGGUUACGCUCAGGACGUCAAUCAGCCCCUCUCGAAGACGUACCUGGGUUGCGCCACCCAGAUAGACGACACGUGCGGAUCUGGUUUCGCCGACGUCAACGUCAAGGUUGGAAGUGUCGACAAGGCCGAAAGUCAAAAGAAUGGUGUUGCAUCCACGAGGGAGGUGUCCACUCUUGCACCGGCCGUCGUGACUGCCGUGGCAAUCUUACACAUGGUAUUGUCUACACUGUAACAAAACAAAAGUCAUUGUGGUAGAUUUCAUGCCCGAGGGGAAUGAGUGUUUGGAUCGCGAAAGAAGGGGCACUCUUUGGUAUGAUUUAGCGACAUGUAUUGUGUAUACUGCUCUGUAUGGAUUUCGCAAGUAUUAGUAUGAAUGGGAACGGGAAACAGAAUACUUGGUACGGUUAUGUCAAAAAUGAAAUGAUAAAAGAGCGGAUUUAUUUAGAUGGUGCAAGAGAGAAAAAACAAAAAUCAAAAUCAAAA